AUGAGCUCAGCAAAAGGCGAAGAUGAAACCGUGACGCGGACAAAGCUUGCUCUGCCUAACUCUGCAAGCUCACACCCUUCCGCUGUCCCCAAAUCGAAGCGCCGACCAGGUCGCAUCUUCAAGAAGCCGAUGCGGAGCAGCUCUUCUCGGUCCUCUCGGUCCUCUCGGUCGAGGUCAAGCCCCUACGACCGUCCUUCUAAUUCGCCCAGACCCGGAAUCUCGCGCCCGCAUACUCCACGCAGGAUGUUGUCCCUCCUUGAAGCCCUCCCCGUCGAGAUCAUCGAGCAGAUCUUCCUGCACUCGCUCAAUUUAAACUUCCCACGAGCUUCGCCGUUCCUAUCCCGUGCCCUCUCGGGUGAACACAUCUACCGCGCUCUCAUCCUCCUUGCGUUCUGGAAUGAUGCGCUCGAACACCCCCGUAGCAAGGUUAUCGACCGUAUGAUGGUCCCGCUUGACUAUGUUCCUCUCAAAUUGGAUGAGCGUGCCCGAUUACAGGAAGCCGUCUUCAAGUGCAAGUGGUGUACCGUGGACCGCGUGCGCGAACAGAUUCCGACAAUGCAGAUCCUAACUAUCUACCGUCGCUGGAUCAACGCCGGUAUGAAGAUGGAGAAAGAGGAGCAGGUUGCUCUUGAAAAGUUACUGGCACGCAAGGACGACAGCGUCCGCAUCUUCCACGGCACGGGCGGGCCAAUGAAGGAACUCGCUCACAUGCCCCCAGAGUUCUUCAAGAUGGCCCCGAACGCACUGAAAGACACUCACGAAUAUAAGCUCCAUGUCAUUCCAAUGGUCACCACCGAGCUCCAUUGUGUGGAUAUUGGAUUGACUACCAAUAUCCCUGCACUGGACCUGUGCAAAUUCCCACCCCAUCUUCUCCGAGGCCGCAGCAACGGUUUCCUUCCAGAAGACGUUGCUUUUCUGGAGAUGCUGCGUAUGACCUCGUGCAAUUGGACCCCACCAAACAGCUCCUUGUCGCCCUCGACCCUGACCGAAAUCGACCGCAAGGCCCUGAACGAAGGAAUCCAGAAUGCAAUCCGUCACCAGAACUUCAACGCCAUGAUUUCCCUCCUCAAAAUUGACGAGUUUCUCUUCCGCUAUAGAUCAGAGAACCAAGGCCGCGGCGUAUACUAUACGAUCCCAUCCGAACACUUCCUCGCUGUUACCCGCACCGGCCGUGACAAGCCACAUCUCAACUUGGCUUUCUUUGAGGCUCUCCUCCGUGCUAGUGCGGAGUCUUUGCCUAGCUGGUCAUCCGAGAUCACGAAAUGGGCUGUCGAUAAUAUGGAACUUGAGAGGAAGAAUCCGAAUACUUAUAACCAGAUGAAUGGCAAGUUUGCGCGCUGGUUGUCGAAUUUCGUGCUGCGGCUCCCUGCGCAGGUUGAGUAUGCUCAUGAUUUCCCGGCUGGUCAGCUGUUCUGUAAUGGUCAGUUGGAUAUCCUGGACCUUGAGGGCUGCCGUUUUGUCGAAGAGGUUCUUGAUCCCUUCCGUCAACCAUUCGGAAAUUGGAUGACGGAGAGUUCCUUCCGGACCGAGGAUCACUGGCUGAAGAAGUUCGGUCCUUCUCUUCCUCCAUGA